UAACUUCAAAAAUCCACUGACACAAAAGAGUACGCACUUCUUCCGGGACAUCCUCUUCAAUCUCAAACACUCACUGCCCAAAUCCUUCUAGGACGACGACACACACACACAAAAAAAUCUUACUUGUAACGCAGAGCAAUAAUAGAUAUCAGUUAUUGAAACUGUUCUGUCGAAAUCAAAGCUCUCGUGCUCUUGUCGUUGAUGUUGGUUUUACAGUUUGUAAGAAGAUGAAAAGUUUGGCGAAUGCUGUUGGAGCGAAGACGGCGAGGGCUUGCGAUAGCUGCGUGAAGAGACGGGCACGGUGGUACUGCGCGGCCGACGAUGCUUUUCUUUGUCAAUCUUGCGACAGUUUGGUCCACUCAGCAAACCCUCUCGCUCGCCGGCACGAGAGGGUCCGUUUGAAGACGGCCAGCCCGGCGGCCGUGAAGCAUAGCAACCACUCAUCAUCAGCUUCUCCUCCACACGAAGCAGCCACUUGGCAUCACGGGUUCACUCGUAAAGCUCGGACGCCACGUGGCUCAGGUAAGAAGAACAAUUUGUCGAUUUUUCAUGACUUGGUUCCGGAGAUUAGUGUUGAGGAUCAGACCGACAGCUAUGAGCUAGAAGAGCAGCUGAUCUGUCAAGUGCCGGUUCUCGAUCCGUUGGUGGCUGAACAAUUCUUGAACGACGUCGUUGCGCCGAAGAUCGAGUUUCCUAUGAUCAGUGUGAUGAUCGAUGAGGACGAAGACAACGCUGAGAGUUGUCUUAAUGGUUUUUUCCCGACGGACAUGGAGCUUGAGGAGUUCGCUGCUGACGUGGAGACUCUGCUCGGUCGCGGGUUAGACACUGAGUCUUACGCCAUGGAGGACCUAGGGUUUUCUAAUACAGAGAUGUUCAAAGUCGAAAAAGACGAGAUUGAAGAAGAAGAAGUAGAAGAAAAGAAAGCCAUAAACAUGGAAAUAUUCGAUGAUGAUGAUCGGAAAGACGUGGAUGGAACGGUACCGUUUGAGCUAAGUUUUGAUUACGAGUCGUCACACAAGACAUCCGAAGAAGAGGUAAUGAAGAAUGUUGAAAAAGAGGUAAUGAAGAAUGUUGAAAGUAGUGGUGAAUGCGUUGUUAAGGUGAAGGAGGAAGAAGAGAAGAAUGUUCUGAUGCUAAGAUUAAACUACGACUCGGUUAUAUCUACUUGGGGAGGCCAAGGUCGACCGUGGACUUCGGGAGAGCCACCGGAACUAGACAUUGACAUUAGCAGUUGGCCACCUGUUUCCAUGGGAGAAUUUGGUGGAGAUCAAAGUCAUCAGAAGCAGUACGUUGGUGGAUGUUUACCAUCAAGUGGGUUUGGAGAUGGAGGUAGAGAAGCUAGGGUUUCGAGGUACAGAGAGAAGAGGAGGACAAGGUUGUUUUCUAAGAAGAUAAGGUACGAGGUACGUAAACUGAAUGCGGAGAAAAGACCACGCAUGAAAGGAAGAUUCGUUAAGAGAGCCGCGCUCACUGCUGCUGCUGCAAAUUCACCAUUAGGUGUUAACUACUGAAUAGUGAAUGUACUCAAGUUAUAUCUCACUUUACAAAUUUUAGUGAGUUUUUUUCUUCUUCAACGACAGAAGUUAAUUUGGCACUUAAUUGUGCUUCGCGGCUUGGUUUAUGUACAUAGAAGUGACCAAUAAUGUGACUUUUCUUGUAUUAUAAAUAUAGCACUGAUGUAUAUAUUUGGUAAUAAGAAUGUGCAAAGGCAUUUUGAUUGUUGAAAA